AUGCUUCGGCCUCAGCCAAAUGGGAAAGGACAGAAGACCCAGCAUACUGCGGACCGGAGGGCGAGGGAGCUUUACCGUUAUUACCAGCCCGCGACACCAGUUGGCGUAAUCCCCUCCUGGCUUGCUGCGGAAGGUCUAACAUCGUCUACCUCACCCGGAACCCCUCCAGUUACAACACCCCCAGUUCAAGAUGGGUCGAGCGGUUCGAACAGCAGCACUACUUCUAGCCCAUCAACGGCAAAGGGCCCCGAGGCUCUGGUCUUAGGCACAUCGAACAAUACAUUAACGUCUUUUGCGCAACUAGCAGCAUUGCGCCUGAAUGUGGAACGCGCUUUCAUUUGCGUGCUCGAUCGAGACAAGCAGUACGUCUUGGCCGAAGCAACGAAGUCCGUGAAUUUAAACGAUUCGUCAUUACACGAUCGCCAUGAUGCAAUCUGGAUGGGAUCAACUGGAGGCCAAAAGGCCUGGAGUCUGUGUCAGCAUCGUUUUGACCAAGCCCAGGAUACCACCGCCUUGCCCCCAUCCGAUCGCGAAAACGCCCAUUACGAAUUGCUUACCGUUAACGACCUGAGCCAACACGAUCGAUAUAAACACCUUCCAUUCGUUGAGAACGAACCGAAAUUCAAAUUUUACGCCGGUACGCCGUUGACGACCCAAAAUAAUAUCAAUUUGGGAUGCCUUUUUGUGCUGGACACGAACCCUCGCGAUGGGCUAUCUGGAUUGGAGAGAGACACGCUGGGAUCGCUGUCAGCUUUGAUCUUAGAUUACAUGAAGAUUUGUCGCCAAGCUUCUGAAGGACGACGAGCUGCGCGUCUAUCAAGAGGAUUGAGCUACUUCGUUGAGGGUAGCUCAAGCUUCGUCGAUACUGUUGAUCCCUCACGAGCUGAUAGUACUGGCCCAUUCUCUAUGACUCCACCGUCCACGAACAAUCGCGUUAGUACGUUUGGUGACUCUCGCGAGGGCAACAGCGCAGAUCAUACAUCGCAAAAAAGUGGAUCCCGUGAAAGCGCCCGUGAAAGCGCAUGCCACACAUCCCCGGGCCCACCGUACGCCCGAUCUCCUAGCAACGAGGCGCAAUCUAUCAGCUCAGAUGCCUCCGAGUCGAAAGUUGACACGGGAACUUCUGGUGUCGCAAGCUCUCUACCAGAAUGGGUCACCAGCAGUAGCCGUAAUCGACUACCACCAGACGACUCCCAGGGAAACUCAUGGUGUUUUCGCCGUGCUGCAAAUCUCCUCCGCGAGAGUUUAGACCUCAGCAGGGAUGGUGGUGUAGCAUUCUUUGAAGCGAACAACAACCCUUUGAUGGACACCGAUAGUGGAAGCGAUUGUUCUGCCGACUUGAGUGGACCUGCAACGAUAUUCUCAUUGUCCACCCAUGAUGAGCCGUUUUCUUUUAGCCAAAGUGACGCUUCUGUGACCAUCCCUGUUGCCAACCUUGAUCGAUCAUUUCUAUCGCUGUUGCUCCGACGAUACCCCAAAGGCAAGCUUUGGUCUUUCCACCGAGAUGGUCAGCUUUCGACCUCGGAUGAUGACGAUGAUUAUGUUCCUCGCUACUGGGGAUCUCCUGGUCCAAAUCGGUCACCGGACUUAGCACAGACCAAUAUUUCGAAACCCAUGGCUAAGCGCCGAAAAGCCGCGGAGAAUACGAUGCUCAAUCAAUACUUCCCCAACGCAACGCAGAUCAUUUUUGUGCCUCUGUGGAAUGCUGUCAACUCUCAAUGGUUCUCUGGAUGCUUUUGCUGGACCACUGUGGAGACCCAGGUCUUUACAUCAGCCGUGGAGCUUAGCUCGGUUCUUGGAUUUGGGUCAUCUGUAAUGGCAGAAUACAGCCGUGUGGAGUCGCUCAUCGCGGAUCGGCAAAAGGGAGAUUUUAUUGGCAGCAUCUCCCACGAGCUUCGAAGUCCUCUUCAUGGUAUCUUGGCGGCAGCUGAGUUUUUGAACGGCACGCAGCUCAGCGAAUUCCAGGAUUCGUUGCUUGAGACAGUCAAUGCCUGCGGCAGGACCCUGCUGGACACCAUGAACCAGGUGCUUGAUUUUAGCAAAGUUGUUUCACUUGAGCGAACGUGGAAGUCCAUGAAACAGCGAAAGGAGUCGCCGCUGGAUUUUAAAGGCACAGACACGCUGGCUUCCCAUUUGGAUAGCUAUGUAGCCACAGACCUUGCUAUCCUGGCGGAAGAAGUUGUAGAGGGUAUUUGUUUGGGACAUGCAUACGGCCUGAAAUCAACUGCGGCCGCCGAUAUCCCGGUUCUGUUGUCGCACAAUGGCCCUAAGGUUCAGUCAAAUGCCAACGUGGAUGUGAUUAUCGAUAUCGCGCAACGCGAUUGGGUGUAUCGCACUCAGCCAGGGGCUCUCCGCCGCAUCAUUAUGAACUUAUUUGGAAAUGCCAUGAAGUACACUGACCAAGGGCAUGUCACCAUUAGUUUGGAUGCUUCGAGCCAUUCAGAAGGCCGCUCUAGACGUCAAGGCUUGGAGGACCUCGUGACACUGACAGUUUCCGACACUGGAAGAGGAAUUUCGGAAGAAUUUCUUCGAGGUCGCCUGUACACUCCUUUCGCGCAGGAGGAUUCGCUUGCCGUGGGAACAGGUUUGGGACUUUCUAUCGUACGCAGUCUUGUCAAGGCUUUGAAUGGACACAUCCGCGUCCGUAGUCGCCCUAACGAAGGUACUGUGGUUCGGGUAUCACUGCCAUUAGCAAGACCAGUAGGCGAAGAGAGCCCACCUGUUGACCCACAUGCGUUUAAUCUGCAGCAAAGGGAAAUUCUCACGCAGACCAUGUUUCUUCGUGAAGGGUAUUCCAACAAGAAAGUUGCUAUCUGGGCUACCGAUCCAUCAAAUUUGGCAGAGCCUUGGAUUGAUAUUGCGAGGUAUAUAACUGAAUGGUUUGGUCUGGAAAUUGUCAGCUGGCCGCCUCCCACGACAAUUGACAUUUUGCUCGUUCAGGAGUCUGAUUUGCCUGAGUUGCGUAAUGGGAUGUCCACCACACUCCCAGCCCUUCUCAUUCUGUGCCACAGGUCGGUGGACUACAGUAUCGCACGCUCCGAAUGGUUACCUCUGUCCUCGUCUGUUGACAUUGUUCGACGCCCAUGCGGACCACAUAAGCUAGCCCGGAGUAUAUUAAAAUGUCUCCAACAUGGACAGCCAGCGGUCCUGACUCCAGCUUCUAUGCUGCAUGACCCUAUGGAUCUGCCCAUUCGAAGCGCACCCCCUUCAACCGUAGUUGGGUCUCCUAUCAUCUCACCUGUUGCAUCUCCUCCCCCAGCAGAAAUCACCCACCCGGGGGAUGUUGGCAGUCCAGUGUCGACAGGUGACACAGGUGACACAGGUGAUACAGGUGAUACCCCCCCUAUCUCACCUUCAGUUAUCACCGCCCCACCAGAGGAGAUAGUCGCCGCUCCACUACCGGCGCCCUUGGCUGAAACCGCUGUCCCCCCUUUGCGAACAUCCCGUGUUCUCGUCGUUGACGAUAACCGCAUCAAUCUCAAUCUGAUGGUUACAUUCAUGAAGAAACGCAAACUGACCGAAUUGAUGGCCGCGGAAAAUGGCAAAGUGGCCGUUGAAGCGGUCGAGCAGUCGCAAAAUGGCUUUGACAUAAUUUUCAUGGAUAUGUCCAUGCCCGUCAUGAAUGGCUUUGAGGCUACCCGAGCCAUUCGCUCGAUGGAGAGAGAAGAUAACGGCCGCAGGCCAGCCGUCAUCAUCGCCUUGACCGGCCUGAGCAGCUCUCGCGAUGAAUCCGAGGCUCUGGCAUCUGGUGUAGAUAUGUUCCUUACCAAGCCAGUAUCUUUCAAGGAAGUCUCACGCCUUCUUGAUGAAUGGGAGAAGAACGGGUUAAGGGACGAGCGGAAGACGGGCAAUUAA